GGGAAAUUCAAAAGGAAGAGCGGGUCGGGGUUUAACGCUCUCUCUCUCUCUCUCUCACUCUCUCCACCUUCACUUCUACCACCGUCACCAACCGCCGCUUCCUCUGCCACCGCGGCUUACAUUCUCCUCGCCGUCGCCGAUUCGGAAAUCGUCGAUGGAAGUGCCGAAGGACCAAAUGGCCACUCUCCUCGAAAAUAACCUCUUCGCCUCCGCUCAGAUGCUGGGGUGUUUUCUUGUUUCAUCGUCCUCGAUAAACCCUGAAACCAGCCCGCAUCUCAAAGCUGAAAACUUGGUGCUACUUGGAGAUGCAUUGUUUCGAGAAAAGGAAUACAGAAGAGCUAUUCAUACUUAUAAGCAAGCAUUGCAAUUUCAUAAAACAAUCCCUAAGCAAAGUACUGUGGCAACGAGAAGUUCAAUAUCUGCAUCGAACAGGUCGGGUUCCCCAAGUUCUUUCAAUAUUUCAGCUAUAAAUGAAAAUGAGGUGAAGUUCAAAAUUGCGUCAUCCCAUUGUGCAUUGAAUGAGAAUAGAGCAGCACUUCUUGAGAUGGAGGGAAUCCCAAGCAAAGUAAGGAAUUUGCAGAUGAAUCUGAUGAUGGGGAAACUUUAUCGAAAUUCUAGACAUACUCGUGCAUCGGUUACCUGUUAUAAGGAGUGUCUAAGGCAUUGUCCUUAUAUUAUUGAGGCCAUCACAGCAUUGGCAGAAUUAGGAGUUGCAGCAAAGGAUAUUAUUUCAUUGUUUCCUCAGACAUCAAAUAGAAGUGGCAGGCCUCCUUUGGAUCAUUUUGAUUCAAGUCGUUGGUUGAUGCGUUAUGUUGAAGCCCAAUGCUUAAUUGCUUCAAAUGAUUACAAAGGUGGCCUGGAACUAUUUACAGAACUGUUGCAACGAUUUCCUAACAAUGUACACUUAUUGCUAGAAAUGGCUAAGGUUGAGGCCAUUAUUGGUAAAGAUGAUGAAGCUAUAACUGAUUUUGAGAAGGUUCGAUCAAUCGAUCCAUAUGUGAUGACUUAUAUGGAUGAGUAUGCCAUGCUUUUAAAAGUGAAGUCUGAUUUUUCAAAGUUGAACAAGUUAGUGCAUGAUCUACUAAAUAUUGAUCCAACUAGGCCUGAGGUCUUUGUGGCCUUGUCAGUCUUGUGGGAACGGAAAGAUGAGAGGGGAGCUUUAUCUUAUGCGGAGAAGAGCAUCCGCAUUGAUGAGAGGCAUAUACCAGGAUAUAUAAUGAAGGGAAAUUUGUUCUUGUCAAUGAAUCGUCCUGAAGCUGCUGUCAUUGCAUUUAGAGGAGCACAAGAAUUGAGACCUGAUCUUCGUUCGUAUCAAGGUUUAGUUCGAUCCUAUUUGGCACUUUCAAAGACCAAAGAAGCAUUGCAUGCUGCAAGGGAGGCAAUGAAAGCCAUGCCUCAGUCAGCGAAGGCUCUAAAAUUGGUGGGGGAUGUACACGCUAGUAACACUAGUGGCAGGGAGAAGGCAAAGAAAUUUUAUGAAUCAUCCCUCAGACUGGAACCCGGUUACCUUGGUGCUGCAUUAGCUUUGGCUGAGCUACAUGUAAUUGAAGGUCGAAAUGCUGAUGCUGUGUCUCUCCUUGAGCGGUAUCUCAAAGAUUGGGCUGAUGAUUCUUUGCAUGUUAAGCUUGCCCAGGUGUUUGCUGCCACAAAUAUGCUGCAAGACGCACUUUCACAUUAUCAGGCAGCUUUGAGGAUAAAUCCCCAAAAUGAAGCAGCAAAAAAAGGAUUAGAACGCUUGGAGAAACAAAUGAAGGGAGUAGAUCCCGAUGCCCCUGAAGAAGACGAGGAGAAUGAAGUCGAGGAUCCUGAUGCAGACCAGGAGGAGAACGACCUAUUAUGAAGAUGGGCAAAACGAAGCCUUUCUAUUCUUGCAGGUUCAAUGGUCAAUUUCUGGUAUUGAUGUGAUAUGCCCCCGGCAUGCUAUAACCAGUAAUCUUAGUACUGUGCAAGGUGAAACGAACAUCACCCGAAAAAGUUUGGUAAAUUUGGAAAAGGGUCUAGAGGCGUUUUCUCGGUCGACACAACAACACUCAACCUGGAAUUUAGAGGCGAGGAAACAAGAGGUCGGUGGAGGAUUUUGUUUUUGGUAGAGGAUUGCAGACUAUAUGCAGAUCACCAUGUUCAAACUGAAAAGGUUGUCUUUUUUUCCCUUCUUUUUCCUCAUUCUCUGUGUAAAUUACCUGCUGUUGUACCCCCAAUUACUGUAUUAUGAUGAUUGUUUUCUUCUAGCCAAAUUACAUUUUUUCCUUAAACAAGGAAAUUGUAUGUAAUGCAAUAACACAAAUAUUUUAAUCUUUGUAAGAAUGUUAUAUCAUUGUAACAAUACUUGUUUUGGCAUCA